GACAGCUGGCUUGGAGCUGCUUUGUCCCAGUCACCAGGAACUGGUCAUUUCUACCCUGACUCCGAGCUCGAGGGUUCUUCUUGGCCAGCUGUCUUCCCAGCUUCUCGAACAUGGCUCUCAGGGAGAGACUCAGGACCUGGAAGAGAAUCUUCUGUUGGCUGAUCCUCCUUGCGCUGGGCCUCCUAGGGCUGCUCCAGUAUGGGCUCCCCAUAGUCAGGCAUCUGGAAGCCCUCAUCCCCAUGGGCGUCUGCCCUUCUGCCAGAAUGGCCCUGCUGAGAGACAACUUCACGGGUCUCCUGAAUCCCUGGGCCCGGCCUGAUGUUCUGACCUGUACCUCCUGGGGGGCCCCCAUUAUUUGGGAUGGCACCUUCGACCCAGCUGCAGCCCAGCAAAAGGCUCUACAGCAGAACCUCACCAUUGGUCUGACUGUCUUUGCUGUAGGCAGGUACCUGGAGAAGUACCUGGCGCGCUUCCUGGAGACAGCUGAGCGGCACUUCAUGUUGGGCCAGCCCGUGGUGUACUACGUGUUCACCGAGCGCCCGGCCGCCGUGCCCCGCGUGGCUCUGGCGCCUGGCCGCCGGCUGCGCGUGGAGCGCGUGGCCCGCGAGCGGCGCUGGCAGGACGUGUCCAUGCAGCGUAUGCACACGCUGCACGAAGCGCUGGGCGGGCUGCUGGGCCGCGAGGCGCACUUCGUGCUCUGCAUGGACGUGGACCAGCACUUCCGCGGCGACUUCGGGCCCGAAGUGCUGGCCGAGUCGGUGGCGCAGCUGCACGCCUGGCACUACCACUGGCCGCGGCGGCUGCUGCCCUACGAACGCGACGCGCGCUCCGCCGCCGCGCUGGCUCCAGGCGACGGCGACUUCUACUACCACGCGGCGGUGUUCGGGGGCAGCGUGGCGGCGCUGCGCGGCCUGACGGCGCACUGCGCGCGGGGCCUGCAGCGGGACCGCGAGCGCGGCCUGGAGGCGCGCUGGCACGACGAGAGCCACCUCAACAAGUUCUUCUGGCUGCACAAGCCCGCCAAGGUGCUGUCGCCCGAGUUCUGCUGGAGCCCCGAGAUCGGCCGCCGGGCCGAGAUCCGCCAGCCGCGCCUACUCUGGGCGCCCAAGGAGUACGCCGCGCUGCGCGACUAGGCCCCGGCCCCGCCGGGCCAGGAUGGGAGCCCCGAAGCCGUGCGGGCGCCCCGCAGGGCGGCGAGAGCUUGGACGCAAACAGCCCUGACCGUUUCGGCCAGGGGCCCGGCCGUGGGAUCGUGGCGGUGGGAGGAGGACCGUGGCCUUUGGGUAGUUUCUCGCUGGGAGGGAAAGAUCCCCUUUCCCCCACUUUCUACAGGGACCGACGACGCCAGCGGCCGCGAAGCACCACGACGGGGCAGUAGCGCGUUGGCCAGGCUGCCUCUACACCGUUCACCUCUGACCUUCCUGGAUUCGACUGAUGCCUCCAGGAGAGCUCUUUUAGCCCGUCACCCACCGCCAUCCCCAACCCCCUUUUUGAUAAGGAGACUGAGACACGAAAAGGGAACAUAGCUGCCUGAGGACACAGAGAAUCUGUGAGUCAGUCUGGGCAGCAGCUGCACAGCCAGCUUUGGCUCUCGCUCUGAAAAGACAAUAGCUUCUGGGCCAAAAGGAGAAAGCUUCCGCUGCAGGAGAAACGUGGUGGCAUCUGAGUUCUUGGCUUUGCCCUUCCACCUCCCCUGCCCUCAAACACAGUUUGUACAUAUUUAAGUAAUAUUGUAAUAAAAUUAUUCCAAGUGUC